GUGCUCUACUCGAUAUGUCGCAGCGUGCGUAUUCUACUUCCGGAUCGCGAAUUCCUCAAUGGACUGGAAACGUACUAUUUUCUCGCGAUGCCGGGUGUGUUCUUUGUUUACCUUGUGCGCGUCUGGUUUUUCCUACUACCCUUCGCUGGGCCGCCUGCUUUCCGCCGGCCCUCUGGAUGCUUCGGGUAAGUUUUCCUCCCGCUUUGACGCCUUCCGCCGCCUUCAUUCAAGCUCCCCCGAUUCCCCGCUGUUCCUCUGCUGCAAGCCCGGAAUACCUCCUGCCGGUCGGUGGACACCAAUAGCCGGUACCGGACGCCCCCGUCGUUGACCAGACGCUUCACCUUCCUUGCGGUUGGCUUUAUCCGCGCGAGAGAGCGCGUGACGACGGCCGGCCACUCCUCGCGGUUGACGGCCCGCCACCGUGAGUUGUCCGCCGACCCCGUCUGGGGCCACGAUGCCUGGCGCUGGAGCUCGGGCCGGCGCGCCUCCGCCCGCUCCCCUGGGCACGACGCCUGUCGGCCCAGCUUCGGACGCUCGCCCUGGCCGGGUUCCGGCCAUCGCCAAGGACCUCUCUCCCAUGGCUCAGGUCUGGCGACGUGUUGCCCGGCUCCGCCUUGGAUCUGCCCGUCCUUGGGUUCCAGUCCAGGGUGCUGACCGAUCUCCCAGCUCGUGACCAAUAGGUCCUCCGACCUUUCGCCCGUGCUGCCAAACAUCGG